GCGUUCUGAAGAAUUCUCGUCUGUGCGGAGCACGUGGGGCGUGGGGCUUCAAAAUAAUGAUUACUAAUGAUUGUUUGAUAUUCACAUGUCGGUGAUUCAAAAACUUUGUAACACGAUUCGAAUCAAAACGAAACUUGGUUCAAAAGAGACUGCAAGAGACGCAAAGGAUUACAUUGCAUUUUUGCCUUUGAAGAGGUAAAUACCUUAAGGGAAAGACGAAAAAGAGGUUACAGAUGAUAAUUGUACAGAAAAAAAGCAAGUUUCAAUCAACUUCUAAUAUAUUAAUGAAUGGUCACGAGCACAAGAUGAACUUACCAUUAGCGUACUUUGAUGUAGCUGUGGACGAUAAGCCAUUGGGGCGAAUUGUGAUACAAUUACGCACUGAUGUUGUGCCAAAAACAGCGGAAAAUUUUCGUGCCCUGUGUACAGGAGAAAAGGGUUACGGUUACAAAGGAAGCUACUUCCAUCGUAUAAUUCCAAAUUUCAUGUGUCAAGGAGGUGAUUUUACGAAUCACAACGGUACAGGUGGCAAGUCGAUCUUUGGAGAAAAAUUUGAGGAUGAGAAUUUCGAGCUCAAGCAUACCGCCAUGGGUACAUUGUCGAUGGCAAAUUCUGGACCGAAUACAAACGGCUCGCAAUUCUUUAUUACCACUAUAAAGACACCCUGGCUGGACAAUAAACACGUUGUGUUUGGUAAUGUUUUUGAAGGGAUGGAUGUUGUAAGAAAAAUUGAGAGUUACGGUUCGUCAUCUGGGAAGACGUAUCAAAAGAUUAUGAUAGCAGAUUGUGGCCAGCUAGCAUGAGCGUUAAAGUAAAUGAUAUAAAUAAAAAAGGUAAAAAUAAUACAGUAAAAACAAUUAAAUAAAACAAAUUAAAAUAUAUAUA